AUGGCUGAUGAGGACCAAGGCAAGAUUCUUGGUUUCACCAAGAAAGAGGCAGAGAUCCUCAUCAUGUCACUCCAAGUGUUCAAGCCCAACCAAUGCACUACAAACGGUUGCACGGCCUUGCCUUCGGACCUUGUCCGUAUCGGAGCCUACAGCAACGCGGAGACGGCGCGUACCAAGUACGCUGCUCUGAGGGCUAGAGUCAUGACUCUCCCUAACCUCCCCAAACCAGCACCCCAGACCCAGAGCGCGGCCACCACCAACGACCGAGACGACAACGAGGGCGAGGACGAGGGCGAGGAGGGUGAGGCUGAGACUUCUGCCCUCGAGGCUACCAGAAAGGGUGGAAAGCGUGCUGCCACUCGCCUUGGCGCCGUGCCGAAGGAUUACAAGGGCCAGCCCAACCCCUUCCUCCUCACCGAACAGGAGGAGCAGCUGGCUCACGAUCGGGCCCACGCUCAAAAGGAGGACGACAAGCGUGAGCGCAGCCAGACCAAGCGGGGCGAGGGCGUGGUCGACGAUGACAUGCCAAACCAGGAGGAGUGGGACGACAUGGGAGACCGGAACGCUUGGUAG